AUUAUGGAAGUUUUAUCAAGACCAUCUACAUCUGCAAGUUCCUUUGAUUACAUCAUGUCUAAGAAAGUGUCUGAGUUAACUCAGGUAGUGCACAUGCUUUUUUCACGAAAUCACGAAAGAGAGUUAGAAAUGAAAACGACUCAAGAAAUUUAUAAUUAUGAAAUCAAUCGUUUAAAAAAAGAGACCUCUUCUACCAUUGAAAUACUAAGUAAAAAUAUGGAACAAGACUUUCAGAAGAAACUUGCUAAACAAGAGCAGGUAAGACCAUGUAAGUGUGAUAAAAUGAAAAAUGUUCAACAGGAACUUGAGCUUUUAAGGCAAGAAUUAUUAAAAGAGCAGGCCAUCAAUGCUUCAUUGGAGCUUAAGAUGUCAACCAUUUGCAAAGAUUUGGAUCAACAACAAAAAAACUUGGUAUUUUUUAACGAAGCAUUAAAACAAACAAAUCUUCAGCUAAAUAAAAGUGUUCAAAAAGUAGAGCACACAACCUAUCUGCUUAAAGUAUCCCAGGAAAGUAGCCAUGAAAAAGAAAAAAAAAUGAAUGAGCUAAAAGUCAAGUAUGCUAUGAUGAAAGAAGAAAUCAUCCAUGCACAAAGUUGUAUUGAUCUUCUCAAACAAGAUCUUGACAAAAGCAAAGCAAAUAAUAAUAAGCUACGUGAAACUAUGUCUUCAUGUGAAGUUAAGAAACCAAAAUUAAGCAAGGUUGAAACCACAAAACUAGAUCGUAUAGCACAGAAGCAAGAAAGUGAAGAUAUUGUUAAGCUGCAGAAUGAAAUUCAAUGGCUUAGAAUGGAACUUAACAAUAGAGAAGGAAAUUUAAACAAAGUGUUUUCAAGAUUUCAACCAGUUUUCGUUUCUGGGACAGAAAAACCUCCACAGAGAAUGAUGAUGGUAACUCCUGUUGGUAGCAACCAUGGCAGGGGCUACACAUCACCAAGUAGUCCAAGAAAGCAUCUAGCUCCCAAAGAUUACCACCGAGAUUCACUUCCAUUUCAAGACAAUGGUCUCCAGUUCACUAAAAAAAGUUAUGAAAGUCAAAGCACUAUUAAAAAAUCAACAAAAACUAAAAAUCUUUCGUCCAAGUUCCGACUGUUAUACACAAAAUAGAAUGUUCUUUUUUUUCAAUAGCUUACUGUUAUAUUAUAUAAAUAUUAUAUUUGGUUUAAUCAUACUGUGAUUAAACUAAAGUGUUAUUAAACUUGGUUUUAUUGUAAAUUUUUAAAUAUUUGUUUAUAAUUAAUAAGGUUUUCAUUUUUGUUAAAGUACAUAGGCUCCCCAAAUUUUCAAAUUAUGCUAGUUUUAUUAAAAGUUUCUGCUUAUUUGCACUAAAAAUAAUAUAUAUAUAUAUAUAUAAAUUCUAUUAAAUGUGUAGUUACCUAUUGUCCUAUUGAGCGUGCAUACUUUUUAUGUAAUAAAAAAUAAUAGGCACCCAACAUGGGUAUGCAUGGUACGCACGUAUACCGUGGAAAUAAAUUAGACUACCCAGUAUAAAUGCAUAAACUAUUUACUAUCUUACAAACAUGUCUUAAAAUAAACAAGAUAAAGUAGUGAUAGUGCAAUGAUCCGCAUAUUUCCCAAAUAAAGGGUAAUUAGGUGACAACUAGCAAAAAACUUUAGUAUCGCAUGGCAUAAACUUUUAUCUUUCAAAACUCAGGGUACCAUGACUUUUCAAAAGUUAGGCGCUUAUGAAAGAAAUAUUUUUUAUUUUAAUUACACAUUACAUUUCUGGUUUUCAGCUAACAUGUUAUGAAAUUAUAUUUCUUAGGUAUAAAAUGUGGCUGCUUUAUAAAUAAGUUUGUGCCCGUUUGCAUUGUGCAAUACAUGUAAAGUAGAUUCAGAAUGACAAACAAAGUAGAAGCACUUAACCCAGAUGACCUUGAACCAGACGAUGAUAACGUCCCAUUUUACAUCAAUAAAAAUGGCUUCCCAGUGGAUGAUAAGACUUGGGAAAAGAUGUGGAGGUAUGCAGGAAAGAUUUAUCCCGAUGCAAAAAGUAGAAUGGAAAAAAUAAAAAACAAUGAAAACCUAAAUAAAAUUCCAGUUCCUACAGUUCCUGUAAUUCCAGCACGUUUACCAACCAAACAAUGUCUUAAGUUAGUACAAAACUACAUUAGUAGUCUUCAGUAUAACCACACUGGCACACAGUUGUUCGAAAUAAGAAAAAGUCGCCCACUUGCUGGUUUGAUGGAUAAGGCAAAGGAAAUGAUAAGAGAAGCCCUGCCAAUAAAAUGUCUUGAAGCAGUGAUACUAGCAAUAUACCUAACAAAUGGAAUUCAGAAUUUGGAUCGUUUUCCUAUUGGAUUUAAAUCUAUAUUUCAAGGUCAUCGGUAUUAUCAUGUUGUUUUGGGUGUAUUUUACAAUGGAAAGUAUGGAGCUUUGGGAUUAAGUAGAAGAAAAGAUCUCAUGGACAAACCUUUAGCAUUUAAAAGUUUGUUUGAUCUUAUUGAAAGCUACAAUGAAGCCUACUAUAAAUACACUCAUCAGUUAAAAAAAGUACGAAUUGGUGGGAUAGUUCUACAUGAUAUGUGUAGUCAAGAAAAGAUACAAUGGGGAAUUCUAGCAGUUGGGUAUAGUCACACAAGCUAUGUUGAACGGCAGAGGCAAUUUGGUCGAUACAGCAGGGAUAUGAGAUCACAUUUCAACUACAUUUUACCCUUUGCUCCCACAAAAGAUAAGCUCAGGAGGGAACAUACAGUUUUUCCUGGUAGAUCAGAACAAUUACAAGAUAUCAAAAGAACAACCAAAAGUGCAAUAUUAAACAGAAAGUUAUGGAAGGGUUUGAUAAACAAACAUUAUUUGUGCCAGGAAAAGAGUAGCAGAUGAGUACCAUGUUGAAGACUAAAGAGCAGUGAAGUGAACAAGAUUUGUUACAGUAAAUUGUCACUUGAUACUGAAAGGCUACUGUGAUUUCAUUAACAUAAUCGACUGUCGCUGGAUUGUAUAAUCAAUAUUUUUGUUUGCACAUUCCCGCUGUGUUAUAUUUUUAUUAAUCCAAAUAAAUUUACCUCGAAAGUA